AGAUUCCUCUCUUGAACAAGCUUUCCGGGUAUCCGCUCGUAGCUCGGCUCUUCUCGAUGUACGAGAAAAGCAUGAGUAGAAAGAAGGAUCUUUGCACCCGACCCAGGAUGCCGAUACUAUAUCAUGGCCUUGUGGAGCCGCGAGAGAAUCAAACGGAGCAUUAAACAAAGAGAGUUUCUUUGAUCACUUUUGUUUAUUUAUCGACAAAGGGUAUUGAUCAAAGAAUCUCAUUUAUUCUUCCACCCCCAGCUUUAUGAAAAACUGACCAAACUCUGGUCCUGAACUGGGGCCCAUCAGAAAUUUAAACCAUUGCCAAAAUUUCCCUAUAUAAUCUGUCUCUGAUCUGAUAUUCUUUCCUUGCCUUGGGUAAUGGAGGCGGGAACAGAUUCUUCCUCCAUAAUAUUUCAGAAGAAUUUUGUUCUCUGAAUGGGACAGUUUGUGGCUGAUAUGAACCUCGAAAAAAUAACUUCCUCUUCGUUAUUUCGAAAUCUACGUGAUUUUUGCAACUUAUCCCGGCAAACUUUUUUCUUUUUUCUUUUUUCCUUCGGUGACCCCGCAAGCUUUUCACUGGUGACCUCACUCUAGGUGGAACUCAUAAGUUUAGUCGAACUUCGAGUAGCUAGUCUCGAUAUCAGUCAUAUAGGUAGACAUGAACCGUAUCUUACAAGUUCGAUCGGAAUACAUGAAUGUUAUUUACAUUUGAUAGGAUAAGAUAGGAAUUAUUGUUCAAGUCAAUUAGACAUAAAGUGGAGGGAAUAUAAGACUGCAGGGAAAAGCAGGGCAGACACAUCAAAAGCUCUGCCCAAAUGGUCUCCCGAUUUGCAAAGACAUAAAAGUAAGGAUAUCUACGCACACAGAUAAACAGAGGAUUAACAGAGAAAGCAGAGGAGGGAUUGAGCGUUGAGCUUGGAAGAUGUAUCGGUUCAGCAACACGGUGAUCGGGUUCCUAAACCUGAUUACGCUCCUGGCGUCAAUACCGAUCAUCGGGGCAGGGCUGUGGAUGGCAAGGAGCAGCACGACAUGCGAGAACUUCCUCCAGAUGCCGCUCCUCGUCAUCGGCUUCAUUGUACUGGUUGUUUCCCUAGCGGGAUUCAUUGGGGCAUGUUUCCAUGUGGUCUGGGCUCUGUGGUUCUACCUGCUGGUCAUGCUGUUCCUCAUCGCUGCCCUCAUGGGCAUCACGAUAUUCGGCCUGGUCGUCACGGGUUCAGGUGGUGGCAUCCAGGUCCCUGGAAAGAACUACCGAGAGUACCGGCUUGCCGACUACUCCCCUUGGUUCAGGGAGCGAGUCACAGACCCCCAGUACUGGAGCACCAUCAGGAACUGCAUCCUCGGCUCCAGUACCUGCGCCAAGAUCGCCUCGUGGACCCCACUUGAUUAUAUGGAACGGGAUAUGACUCCAAUUCAGUCAGGAUGCUGUAAGCCGCCGACUGCGUGCACCUACAACACGGCGGUGAUGCCGGCGGGUCAGGAUCCGGACUGCUUCAGGUGGAACGGUGCACCGACCAUGCUGUGCUACGAGUGCGACUCGUGCAAAGCCGGCGUGCUAGAGGACAUCAGGAGGGACUGGCACAAGAUCUCGGUGCUCAACAUCGUCGUGCUCAUGAUGCUCAUCGGCAUCUACUCGAUCGGGUGCUGCGCGUUCCGGAACGCGAGGAGGGCCGAGACCAAUUACCCGCACGGGGAGAACCGGAUGAGCAAGGUCCGGCCCAGAUGGGACUACUACUGGUGGAGAUGGUGGCAUGACUUCAAGGAAUGGCUCUAUUAAGCUGAGCUUAUGUCUUUGUUUUUGUUUUUGGUUUCGGCAUUAUAAUUUACGUUUCGUGUCUUUCCUUUAGUUUCAUAUGUAAAACGAUGAUCCCGACAAUAUAUAUAUAUAUCAUCUUUAUAUCUUAUUUGAUUA